AUGACUAGCAGUGUUGGUUACAGACAGUCACCAGCGUGUUACAUGCUGCAACUAGUUGUUAUGAUGGCAGAGAUCUCGUUGCUACAGUGUGUUCACAUUUCUUCCGCUCAAACUUACAUCUACGCCUCCCCCUCAAGGCGUUCCAUUACAGUUUCAACGGGACAGUGGUUACCAACUAAUGUCACCACCAUAGUAAUCGGCAAUGACAGCGUACGGGUCACGUUUGACAUGGCUGAACCAAGCCUAAACAUUGACCGAUAUCGUGUGAUUAUCAACCGAACUGAUCCAUGGACUGAGCGUUGGAAUGACGUGCGCUUUAAUCCAAAUGGCGUUCCGCAUGAACGGAAUUCGGAGGGGAUGUUGAUUGGUGAGACGGAGUUUUCAGGUCUGGUAGAAGGAACAUAUAGUUUGAAGCUAGUCGUAAAACCCACCAAUCCAGAAGUGUGCGGUGAAAACAACUGUCGUCAAACUAGAUAUCAAGAUUUUACUAUACCGGGAGUGACCACUCAACCUCAAGCAACUCGCCUGCUGGCAAACAAAGACACCACAUCACUGGCCACAGCGUCUUCAGUCCCAACAUCCUCGUCAGUAACUCCACCACAGACCCAACAAUUCCUCCACUCGGUCCCCGGACAGAACGAGAUGGAGAGUGCCACUUGGCGUGUGGCCGUCAUUGCGGGCCCAGUGGUCGUCGUUGGGUUGCUGGCGGCCACUGCCUACUGCAUCCUGUCAUGGAAGAAACGAGGGCGAGCUGGGUUAACGGGAGUAAACAUGGGCGACGUGGAACUGGACGAGAUGAAAAAUAACAGAAGAAAUAAAGGGGGACAUGACAAAAGUGUGAUGACUGCUCCCACAUUAGAAGAUCAUCCUGAAUUGUGGAAGCGACCGAUGAAAGACCUAUCUUUAGAAGAAAUCUGUCAGCCCAGCACAUCUACAAUAUCUACUACAGAAGGACCAACACCACCACAGCACAUCGUUUGCCAUCUCCAUGACAUACCCGAAGUGAUCCCCCAUCAAUGGCAAGGUUCGUACCCGAAGACACCAAUUGAGCAACUGCAAACCACUCCGAGGCAACAGUUUCCUCAUUCUGAUGUCUACCCCGUUGAUCAUUUUCACAGGGGUGUAGACGUGGGAGCGGAUGUGGGCAAGGCUUGUAGGAGUUGUGGAGCAGCAGGUAGAAUGCAAGUUCCACCCGUUUGGAAGCAAGGGUGUCCACACGCGGCUCCAAACUGUGUCUCUGGAGGGUGUAUGGACAUGGGAGGGGAUCAUGUGAUUAGUGAAUGGGAUGACGGAUGGGAUAAUCACUGUGGAGUCCUUUGUUCGCAAGAAGCCUUGUAUCUGGAGUCUCAGUCCCACCUUGAUCUGUUCAAGAAGCUCAUGGCAUACCCUUCCAGGUUUAGUGUAGCCUCCUCUCAAUUCACCGAGAUGUGUGACUACAUCAACAGCAGCUCCAUCUCACCGCAGCCACCGUACGAUCGCAGCACCUCUCAGCCGAACCAUCGCCCAAAGCAGAGACUAGAGCCUCUCUUCUCCGGACGUGACUCAAACCUAGCACCAUCGCUGAAAACUAACCUUUCAUGGAGAAAUGAAGUCUUCAUGAGGUCAUGCCCAGCACUGCCGGAGCAUCCAUGAAGUCGAAAAUGACUGGGACCCACCAGGGCUCGAUUUCACAGAACACUUUAAAGAUGGGUCACCAAUUAUAGGCCCACACUUCGACCCAGGCAUGAUUCUUUCUCAAUUUUUUAAAUACAUCACCAAAUAAAAAAUCACAGACUAAAAUAAUUUGUAUAUAGGAUUUGAAAGAAUUUGGUUUGUAAUAAAAUUACAUUAAAAAAAUAUAUAUAUACAUAGGCCCUACACCAUCAAAGAAGAAAGUAAAUUUACAACAAUCUGCUCACACAAUAUAUUGGACAGUAUAGAUACGCGGUGUGAUAUUUUGGUCCUUGGGAAAAGAAGUUGCAAGAAUGUAUCGAGCAUGCACAGAGGCUGACGAGCAUGUACAUCGGUCUAGGCUUUCUUUAUAUUAUUAUUGUUUACACGUUUCAGGCCGUAGAAAAGUAUCUUGCUGAUUUUUCUGAAGGUAAAAAAAUCGGAAAUCAGAUUAAAGUAGCAAAAAUAAGGUGCCUGGAUACACUGUAAAAAAAGUCGCUUGUGGAACCGAAGUAUUCAAUAUUUUUGAAUGCAGAUAGUGAUUGCCUCCCAGUUGUUUUCACAUGUUUGGAUUCUACAAUAAUUCAAAUCAAUCCGGUGGUUUUGUUUUAAGUAAGUGUACCAGUCGUUUUAUUUACUUUGAAGGACCCACAGAAUUACAGAUAUACCGAGGGUUUCGGCGACCCUGACCAAAAAGAGGUUUCUGACGUCACAAUUUCAGAGGGUUGCGCAAAAAUUGGUCGAUAACCAAUCCGAGAAGACAUUUCUUGAAAAAAAAAUAUUCUCAAAAUAUAGUACAGCCUUUUUUUACUUCUCAGAUAAUGGAACUUAGUUUUUAUAGUUUUGUCCACAUUACUGGAUAAUGUAUGCUUCAUGGUUUUUCAUUUAAUGACAGAAUUUCGUUGAAUUUUGUUAAUGUACACCAUCUUCAAGCCAAGCCUAAAACCGAACAAACAACUCAGCUACGAAUCGGUUGGAACGGCUACGUCACCGCGGUGGAACCGAACACGUAUUAAAAGAACACGUAUUAAAACACACCCCUGAAAUAUCAAAAAAGGGCAGUGAAAUCGUCGCAAAAUUAUGUUACCCACCUGAAUACCAAACAACUUCAGAAACAAAUCUCAAUAGCUUCCUGUUGCAGCACACUUCAAUAAGUAACUGAACACUUCAUCUAUACUGGGAAAAGUCCCAAACCCUUACUGUAUAUAUUAUGGUUUCAUUUCCUUUUUCGAACCAAUACUCACGUUUAUUAUGAAUUAAAUGAAGCAAAAGGUUGUUUGAAGGCUAAUUUCACUUUCAUCGACACUCUCAGUUGUAAAAAUAACGCACAGAUAUGAGAUUAUUGUUUGCUUGUGAUCGGUACAGUGAGAGCUUUAGGGAAAAGUACCUUUUGGUGAGAAAGAACAAUAUCAAUUUGACCUUUCCCCAAGAAUACACAGACCAAUCACAAUGUUGUUUUUUGUUCACAUAACACGACCACCUAGCUGAUCAUGCAAAUAGUUAUUAACCAGUCACAGCGUGAUGUGUAAUACAUUAAAAACCCUGUUGGUAAGAGUGAUCUAAGUUUCCACCUUAAGCCACUUUAACUCAACCGUUUGUCUUUAAGGAUUUUAGUAUGGAAAAGACACACAUUUCACAUGUUCGGGUAAAGACUCAACAUUUUUGUCAUGAAGAUCAUUUUCUGCUUUAAAAAAACCCCACCAUAAAUACAUUGUUCCAUUAUUAACUGGGAAUGUAAAUAGCUAAUAAUAGCUCUGUUAGCAAUAUUGGAAAAAUGGUAUGAAACUGAAAUAAUAUGUUUAGGGCCUAUCUUGUUGACAUUCUCUAAUAUGAAUAAUGAGCAAUGGGUGGAUUCUUAUUUUUAAGUCAACAUUUGUUUUAGAACUGUGCUUUCACAAAAGAGCUUUUUUAUAUAUAUUUCUGAAUAGCUAUUUUUAAUUUCCGUGUGUAUUUGUAAUAUACUGCUAAAUGUUUGUAAUAACCGGGUAUCUGUUUUCGAAAACUCUACUUUUGGCUGAUGUAUUGCAGUGUUUCUAAUAAACCAUUAAUACUAUUAAAUAGUACCACCACACCCACCACAUUAAAUGCCCAAUCUCCAUGCGUAUCACAAACAUUCAGUGACCCGUUUCACAAAGAGUUAAAGGAACACGUUGCCUUGGAUCGGUCGAGUUGGUCUUUGAAAAGCGUUUGUUAUA